AGAGGAUUAGCAUCAUGGUGAUCCUGCUCAACUGUGUGACACUGGGCAUGUACCAGCCCUGUGAGAACAUCGACUGCACCUCGGACCGCUGCCAGAUACUGCAGGCUUUCGAUGCAUUUAUCUACAUCUUCUUUGCAUUGGAGAUGGUGGUAAAGAUGGUGGCUCUUGGGAUCUUUGGCCGACGCUGUUACCUGGGAGACACCUGGAACAGAUUGGACUUCUUCAUCGUCAUGGCUGGGAUGGUAGAGUACUCUCUGGACCUGCAGAACAUCAACCUGUCGGCCAUUCGGACAGUGCGGGUCCUUCGGCCCCUUAAAGCGAUCAACAGAGUGCCAAGUAUGCGUAUCCUGGUGAACCUGCUGCUAGACACUUUGCCAAUGCUUGGCAACGUGCUGCUGCUCUGCUUCUUCGUCUUCUUCAUCUUUGGCAUCAUCGGCGUGCAGCUGUGGGCGGGGCUACUGAGGAACCGCUGCUACCUGGAGGAGAACUUCACCCUCUCUGCAGGUAUGACCCUGCCGGCUCCGUACUACCAGCCGGAGGAGGAUGACGAACGCCCCUUCAUUUGCUCCCUGGCAUCUGAUAAUGGCAUCAUGUCAUGUACCGAUGUCCCGGCGAGGCGCGAAGGAGGACGCACAUGCUGCCUGGACAGGGAGGACGCACUCCACAGGCAGGCUCUGGGCUUGAGUCCCGAGCCGCUGGCCAACAGUAGUGCUGGUGAAGCGAUGGGUCUGUGCAUCAACUGGAACCAGUAUUACACUCGGUGCCACACAGGAAGUACUAACCCCCACAAAGGUGCCAUCAACUUUGACAACAUCGUCUACGCCUGGAUUGUUAUUUUUCAGGUGAUCACUCUGGAGGGCUGGGUGGAGAUCAUGUAUUAUGUAAUGGAUGCCCACUCUUUCUACAACUUCAUCUACUUCAUCUUACUCAUCAUUAUCGGUUCAUUCUUCAUGAUCAACCUGUGCCUGGUGGUUAUCGCCACCCAGUUCUCGGAGACCAAACAGCGGGAACACCAGCUGAUGCAGGAGCAAAGGGCGCAGUGCCUGUCCUCGUCAACCCUGGCCAGCAUGGCCGAGCCCGGGGAUUGCUACGAGGAGAUCUUCCAGCUGGUCUGCCACGUCCUCCGCAAAGCUAAGAGGAGAUCGGCAGCUCUCUACUACACGCUGAGGGGCAUGCCCCCGCCAGCUGGUGGAGGCAGGGGUAACAGGCGCGGUGGAGGGAAUGUGAAUGGAGAGCGGCACCAUUCCAGACACCCGAAAAUAUCCCACUGCCCGCACCAGAACAAGCAAGACAACAGCUCUCAGCCCUUAGCCAACUCCAUAAGUCUGACUGUCCCUCAGAGUCCAGAGGAGUGCCCUAUAUGUGCACUGUCACUGAAAGAGGGGGCAAGGGCCGUGGGAGAUUCCAACGCCAACGGGGAGGAAGAUGAGGAAGACGCGGUAAAAGAGACGGGCAAGGAGGAGAACCAUUUAGAGGAGAGGGGAGAUGGAGAGAAGCAGAGGAAGAGGACAUGCUUUGGACAUUGUAAAGACUUUUGGAAUGAUAUGAGGAGGAAACUUUGGGGCAUUGUGGAGAGCAAGUACUUCAGCAGGGGCAUUAUGAUCGCUAUUCUCAUCAACACCAUCAGCAUGGGCAUCGAGCAUCAUAACCAGCCUGAGGAGCUGACCAAUGUCCUGGAGAUCUGCAACAUCGUCUUCACCAGUAUGUUCACGCUGGAGAUGAUCCUGAAGCUGACUGCUUUUGGCUUCUUUGAGUACCUGAGGAACCCCUAUAACAUCUUUGAUGGCAUCAUCGUCAUCAUCAGUGUGUGUGAGAUCAUCGGCCAGGCAGACGGCGGCCUGUCAGUGCUCAGGACGUUCAGGCUGCUGAGGGUCAUUAAGCUGGUGAGGUUCAUGCCUGCGCUGAGGCGACAGCUGGUGGUGCUGAUGAAGACUAUGGACAACGUGGCCACUUUCUGUAUGCUGCUUAUGCUCUUCAUCUUCAUCUUCAGUAUCCUGGGGAUGCAUAUCUUUGGCUGUAAGUUCAGUCUGAAGACCGAGGCAGGAGACACAGUGCCCGACAGGAAGAACUUUGACUCCCUGCUCUGGGCCAUCGUUACUGUCUUCCAGAUUCUGACUCAGGAGGACUGGAACAUGGUGCUGUACAAUGGGAUGGCAUCCACCACGCCCUGUGCUGCUCUCUACUUCGUAGCUCUUAUGACCUUUGGAAACUAUGUGCUCUUCAAUUUAUUAGUUGCCAUCCUUGUUGAGGGUUUCCAGGCUGAGGGCGAUGCAAACCGCUCUUACUCCGACGAUGACAGGUCUUCCUGUAAUUUUGAGGAGAAUGACAAACAGAAAGAUUCUCUGCAUCUCUCAGACCCAAAGAUCUGCACUCUAACUCCUAAUGGGCACCUGGAUCUGUCCCCACUGCCCCAUGGUCUGUUUCCAGGAGAGAGGCUGACCUUUGCCCUCGGCUCCAGGAAGAACAGUGUUAUUUCUCUUGGCAGGGCCAACUUGGAGCAGAAGGCUAUGUAUCCAGGUCGAGGUUACCACAACUGGGGCCGCCCACUGACCAACCAGCCUCAGGCCUUGUGGGCCCGCCGCUCCAGCUGGAACAGUCUGGGAGGAUGCCGCCCCUGCUCCUCCUCGUCUCCCUCCGCUAGUCCAGCCUUCACCCCUACCUCUGCACGGCCCUUCUAUGGCUACGGCCUUGGGGGUCUCGGCGGAGUGGUCGGAGGAAGCCUCCGCAUCCGUGGUCCCCGUGCCUCCUCAUCCCCGCACCACCACCUCCAACAUGUCCACCCAGAUGAGGAAGAGUCUCUCCUGUCUCCUCCCCCUGUUGCUCCACACUCUCUUCACCUUCCCCAUCCUGUGCUCCCGGGUCACUUUGCACCCAGGAGGGACCGCAGAGCUCUCUCACUAGAGCUGCCCCACCUGCUGCAGGUCCCAGGACUAACGCACCCUCCACCGCCACCACACCACCUGCCACUCCCCGUGACACUCCAUGCUCACAACAGGAAGAAGAGCCUCUCUGGGGGGGCGGUAAUCACUGGAGGUGGUGGCAGUGGACUGGACAGUCUGGGUGGCUUGGGAGUGGUACACCAAGACUGUAAUGGGAAGACUCCUCUGUCUCAGCUUCUCCAGCCUCCUCCUAGACACCACACUGAGCAGGCUGGAGAGGCAAACCCUCAGAGCCAGCUGAUGGCCGACGUCUUCCCACAGGUUAACACACGCAGCAAGGACCGGGAGGACCUGGACGAUGAUGUUGAAUAUAGCUUGUGCUUCCGCAUCCAGAAGAUGUUAGAGGCGUACAGACCAGACUGGUGUGAGAGCAGAGAAGAUUGGUCUGUCUUCCUAUUCUCCCCGCAGAACAGGUUCAGACAGAUAUGCCAGUCCAUCAUAGCCCAUAAGCUGUUCGACUAUGUGGUUUUGGCCUUCAUCUUCUCCAACUGCAUUACAGUAGCUCUGGAGAGGCCAAAGAUCCUCCAGGGCAGCUUGGAACGAGUCUUUCUCACCAUCUCCAACUACAUCUUUACUGCCAUCUUUGUGGGCGAGAUGACACUCAAGGUGGUUUCCAUGGGUCUGUAUGUGGGCGAGCAGGCUUAUCUGCGGAGCAGCUGGAACAUUCUGGAUGGCUUCCUAGUUUUUGUGUCUUUGAUUGACAUUGUCGUGUCCAUGGCGGGUGGGGCUAAGAUCCUGGGUGUGCUAAGAGUGCUCAGGCUUCUCAGAACAUUGCGUCCCCUCAGGGUGAUUAGCAGAGCUCCAGGUCUGAAGCUGGUGGUGGAGACCCUCAUCACCUCCCUUAAACCCAUUGGCAACAUUGUCCUCAUCUGUUGUGCAUUCUUCAUCAUCUUUGGCAUUCUUGGGGUGCAGCUGUUUAAAGGCAAGUUCUUCUACUGCUUCGGCCCCGACGUCAAAAACAUCACCAACAAGUCUGACUGUCUGCAAGCCAACUACAAGUGGGUCCACCAUAAGUACAACUUCGACAACCUAGGGCAGGCUCUGAUGUCCCUGUUUGUCCUCGCCUCUAAAGACGGCUGGGUCAACAUCAUGUAUCACGGCCUGGAUGCUGUGGCCGUGGACCAACAGCCGGUGACCAACAACAACCCAUGGAUGCUGCUGUACUUCAUCUCCUUCCUCCUUAUUGUUAGCUUCUUCGUCCUCAACAUGUUUGUUGGCGUGGUGGUGGAGAAUUUCCACAAGUGCCGCCAGCACCAGGAGGUGGAGGAGGCCAAGAGGCGGGAGGAGAAGCGUCAGCGGCGCAUGGAAAAGAAGAGGAGAAAAGCCCAGAAGCUGCCCUACUUUGCCAGCUAUGGCAACGUCCGCCUGAUGAUCCACACACUAUGCACAAACCACUACCUGGACCUCAUCAUCACCUUCAUCAUCUGUAUCAACGUCAUCACUAUGUCAUUAGAGCACUACAAUCAACCUCAUUCUCUGGAUCUCGCCCUGAAGUACUGCAACUAUUUCUUCACCUCCAUGUUUGUGCUGGAAUCAGUACUCAAACUCAUCGCCUUCGGCUUUCGCCGCUUCUUCAAAGACAGGUGGAACCAGCUGGACCUCGCCAUUGUGCUUCUGUCAGUGAUGGGCAUCACCCUGGAGGAGAUUGAGAUCAGCGCUGCCCUGCCCAUCAACCCCACUAUCAUCAGGAUCAUGAGAGUACUGAGGAUAGCACGAGUGCUGAAGCUGCUGAAGAUGGCGACAGGAAUGAGAGCCCUGUUGGAUACGGUGGUCCAAGCCCUGCCUCAGGUGGGUAACCUGGGCCUGCUCUUUAUGCUGCUGUUUUUCAUCUACGCCGCCUUAGGAGUAGAGCUAUUUGGAGAACUUGUUUGCAAUGAAGACUACCCUUGUGAGGGAAUGAGUCGUCACGCUACCUUUGAAAACUUUGGCAUGGCCUUCCUUACCUUGUUCCAAGUCUCCACGGGCGACAACUGGAAUGGCAUCAUGAAGGACACAUUGCGGGAGUGCCCACCAGACAAUGGCGUCGAAGCGGACUAUGCCUGCAAUCCCAGCCUUCAGUUUAUCUCGCCCAUGUACUUUGUCUCCUUCGUGCUCACCGCCCAGUUCGUGCUCAUCAAUGUGGUGGUGGCCGUGCUGAUGAAGCACCUGGACGACUCCAACAAGGAGGCCCAAGAGGAGGCGGAGAUGGAUGCAGAAAUUGAGCUGGAGCUGGCCCAGGGCACCCUCUGUUGCAUGGGCGCCCCCGGCUGCGGGGGUGGGAGGGUGGACAAAGGACUAGUCACUGCUGGACCUGGAGGAACAGCAGGGGGAAAGGACAGAGGAUGUCCGAGCGGAGAGAGGGGAGAAGGAGUGAGGAGGAUGCGACAGUCAGCAGGCAGUGCACACCCAGGAGGGUACAACUCCCGUGACUCCAGCCGGACACUGUACUCACCAGCACAAGAGAGCCAAUGGCUGGACAGCGUUUCUCUCCUCAUCAAGGAUACACUGGAGGGGGAGAUGCUGAUGAUCGACAACCUCUCCGGUUCUGUCUUCCACCACUAUUCCUCUCCUCCACCCAUCUGCAAAGAUUGCAAGGGCCACCCACAAGAGAUCAGGAUGGCAGAGAUUGAGCAGGCAUCACUGAAGUCAGAGCAACUGUCAGACAAGUCCUCAUCCCCUGCCCUGCCAGAUGACCUCAGCCUGGAUGAACAUACUGCCUACCAGCUGCUAGCGCGAGAAGGCAAGGGAAGGUGCAGCAGUGAUUCCCGCAGCUCUGAGGAGGCUGGAGGCGGAGGGAGUCACGCGGGAGGCCGGCAGACUCAGACCGUGGUGCAGAGCCAGGUGCAGGGGUUGGGCCAGCCCUGCAGAGCCCUCAGCUCUGGCAUCGAGGUGGAGACUGCACUACAGGAGAUGGAGAUGCAAACGUACCAGACACAUAUGUGCACACCUCACUGUAGCCCGGGUGGCGUUUCCAGCAGCAGCAACAAGGAAAGAAACCAAGAAGGAGGAGGAGGAGCCAGCGGCAUGUCUUCUCCUUUCCAUCUGUCUGCAGAGUUCUUCCACCCUGCAGGAGCAGCCAUCCCAGCACCUCCCCGCAGUAGGAGCCUACGAUUGUCGAGGGGCCUUAGGCUGACCUCCCCAGCAUCAUGGGCUUCACUACGCUCCCCGGGAGCCCACAGCAAGAUGCUCUGUACACAGUACCCGUCCCACAGUGAUUCAUCCCUAGCUACAGGCAGCUCUGAGGGCAGCCUCCAGACCACCCUGGAAGAAGGACUGAGCUUCAGCAUCUCUCCGCCACAGAACUUGGAACUGCCUUUGCCGACAGCUCCCUUACCUUUGGUUUGCCCGAUUCCGCUGCCCGAAGACGGCACUGCCAUUUCCUCCCCAGUCCAGACCCUGAAACCGAGGCCGAGCCCCUCAUCAGCCCUCACCCUCCAGGCCACCAGGGGCCACCAGCGGAGCCAAAGCAGCGGCCGAGGUAGCACCAGCCCGGGUUACACCCGCGAUGAUUCAAUUGACCCUUCCGAUGAGGAUCUGGGCAUAGGUAUCGGAUCGUCGAUUGGUGGUUGUGGCUCCAGCCAAGCGGGCAACAGUGAACACUUGUCAGAGACACUGAGCAGCUUGUCGCUGACAUCACUGCUAUCGCCCAGCUCCCUGGUGUACCCGGGAGCAGCGGUGAAGAAGUGCAACAGCACAGGCAGCCUGGACCAAGGGGGGAUGAUGCUGUCAUCACGGGGCAGGGAGGGCCGCAGGGAGAUUCUGGGCUUGGAGCUUAUGGACCCCCAAGGCUUCUUGGCCAACCCUUGGACGGGGGUAUUAGUUGAUACAAGAAGAGGAGAAGGAAGAGGGGAAAUAGGAGAUGGCGAGCAAGGGUUGAAAGGGAAGAGCUCAAGCCAAACAACAGUAGGGCCUUGUCGGAAAAACAGAUGAAACCUACUGUUCCCUCUUUCUUUGUCUCUCCAUUCCUUGGAUCUAAACCCAUAGCUGUCCCUCUCACUCUCUCUGCUACCAUCAGUGAGAGAGAGGCUUGAUGACACAUGAUGUCCUGUAUUCCAGAACCAAACCCUCAUCUUGCCCCCUCAACCCCUUUCUAUACAUUUGUGACAAGCCCAUGUCCUGUUUUGUGCUACCUAGGCGAGUGGUCAUGGUUACAGCCUGCUGGUGGGGAAGUGGCCUGCAGAGUUGAGGCCCGAGGGCUGAAGACAGAUCCUUAAACCCUCUUAGGGGCUGUACCUGUAGAGGAAGACAUGGAAGGUUCUGCUCACACUGGAAGACCAGGAGACCCAUUCAUAUCAGGGAGUCAAUAGGAGGAGAGACAAAAGAGCUUAAACUCAAAGACCAUUAAAGAGUCUUGUUGUUGCUCUACUGUAGUUUCUUUUUCCCCAUGUUGGCUUGGGUUCACUGAGGUUGAAAAUGCAAAAAUAGAAGUACCUGAAAUAGCAUAUCCAUGCCAACAGAGACUGUUUGAUUCGUUUAUGUCUCAGAGGCAGUGCAGCAAGUAAAGUGGGAGGAGGCUCGGAAUAUUAUUAAGGCGGAAGGAGGGCUGGGAAAGGAGAAGGCAGGUCAUUUGUUUGGCUGGGAAAGCAGAGAGCGGAUCUAAUGUCCAUCUGUUCUGGCAGACGGAAACAACAGGUCCUACACACCCUGGCACAGGACCCUCUGCUGAGUUCAGACUAAAAAAUGCGAGGUGGAGGAGAGUUCAAGAGUGUGCGCUGGUGGCGUGUGUGUUAGAGCACUGCCUCAGGUAUCCAAGGCAUGAAUUAAAUCAUUCUCAUCACCUCACCAUACCUCUGUAUCUUUGACAACAGGAGAUGGGUAUUGACUGAUCAAAGCUCUGUGCCUCUGUCAACUCAGUCUUGAGUGGCAGCAGAAAAUGGAAAGAAAUUGACAGAUUGCGGAGGUAUAACCGUGCAUGGAGUGAUUCGUGAAAUUGUUUUUCUUUCUAUCUCCAGCAUCUCUCACUCAAAUUUGAAGAGUAUGAAAGAGAGCUAGGUUGGAUGGAGCUUUUACAAACCCCAUCAGAAGAACCAAUGAUGUGUGCAUGGGGCAGCCUUGUGUGCACCAAAAAAAAGGUUCACAGCUACUUAAUAAAGUGAGACUUCAAGCACACUCCUUUUUAAACCACUUCCUCUCACCAUGCUUUAGGAUUUGUGAUAAACGGACAAACCCACAAGAGUUGCGAAGGACCUUGACUGCAUGAUGGAAUUGCAUUUAACCAAGAUUUUUUAUCUAUAUACAGAAGUGUAUCAAGAUGUCAAUGUUGGGUGAUAACCAUGUGAUUUCUAUUCCACUAUUUUUGUAGAAAAGAGGAUAGGCACGUCCAAGUGUUGCCGUUUCUUUGUCCCUAUUUCAUUUAACCCAUACGAUCUCUUUGACUUGUUGUCUAGGACUUUUUGUCUGCCAGUGGCUUCCAGUUUUAUAACAUUUUUUAAGGUGUGGACGGUGUAUAAAACAACGAAGCAAAAAAUUUCAAACAAAACUUUGUGCGCUGAAGUGAUUGUUCCCUCCAGCACAUUUCUCUUUGGGAACACUGGUUCCUCGACGUGGAUUCUUUUUUUUUUUUUUUUUUUUUUUUUUUUUUUCUCCCUCCAAAUGUUGGAGUCCCAGAGGACAACCAGAGAUGGGAACAGCCAUAUUCACUCAGCACAUGAGGAUUGUUCUAGCUCACAGACAUUCCUGGCUACACACAGGGAACUUUGUUUGCUUUUAGCCUCCUAUGCUAAAAAAAGAAAAGAAAAAAAAACAUGAAUAGCGUAAACCAUCUCUACGAAAGCUUUAAUUUGAGAGUUACACCACAACAUAUCGACUAUGGACACAUUAGUGUUCCUUAAGCAUGGUUCUGGGAUUGCAAUACAGUAUGCUUUUUUUUCUUGAAACAACACCCUGAUGCACUCAUCUUUCUCUUUCCCAUCUCUUCACACACACAGUAUGUUGUAGCAACCUUCUCACACACAGUUCAUAGUUUGAUAUCAAAAAGCUGACACUGUAACAAUGAACAAAACUUUGCAUCUUUUCAAUGCAAGCUUAUUUUGGCUCCUGCCACUUGAUUAAUAAUUAACUCCAUCCGAAAAGGAGAUGCUCAUCUUAAAGCCUGAUUUCUAGAGGUAGACUGUUGUAUCCCUAGUGUUUUGAUCAUUACCUUACUUUUUUUAAUUUCUCAAAAAAGAAUGAGGUGAUGUGAGAAAAUCAGAGGGGUCUGACCUUUUUUAUCAUGCAAAAUCACUUUGAUGACUAUGUUUUAUCACAUGGUGUUGGGUAUUAAUGAGUGAUAGUAAAGACAGUUGUGUGUGUGUGAGUGUGUGCGUGAAUGUGUGUUUAUGACUUCAGGUGAAGUGAUUGCCUUUUCCUGAAGUGUCCUGUUUGUCAGUGAGGAUACCGGAGAUUAAAGGUUGAAGAGGGAAAACACGAAGUAACCAAGGGCUGUUUUAGCUUCAGAGAUAUAUCCUCCUAUCUUUCUGAGACGAAUCCUUGUGUCAGUGAACAUGGCAUCAAAGGUUAAAGCCUGACUACGCAGCAAUAAAUGUUCUAUGUGUAUGCCCUGAGUAAAUGAUGUCAAUGUGAUUUUUAUCUCCUCAGAACACAACAGUAUUCAUUACUGUCUGUUUUUGCUUCUACUUGUCUGAACUUACAACCAAUCAGAUAGCACCUCUGCCCUCUCGGAGACCAAUCAGUAGAGAGACGGGCUGCAAUUGGAUGACAUGAACAAAUGAGGUUAUUGAACUCAGGUCGGGGGGUAAAAACCACUGGUAAAAUUUUAAAGAUAGCUGUAAAGGUGUGCUCAGACUGAACUCGGAGCAAAUUUUCACCUUGCUUUAUUCGCACAAAUUCGACUGCUGGAGUGUUUAUUCGCCACAAACAACUAAAGCACCCACGGUCCAGAUGUUAGCUGUAACUACCUAACAAUGCACCAACUGUGUGUGUGAGCAGAGUGUGCCUUUAUACAGUAUCUGUGUGCUACAGCUCUGAAUCAGACUGAUUUACCAGGAUCUGAAGUUCUUUCUGUUAUUUUUCUUUUUGUUCUCCCUCUUGUCUCAGUAUGUUCAUGAAGUGGAGAACAACAGCCCGGAAUAAGCACACGUUUUUUUUUUGGCUAAAUUUUCAACAUGUGCGGACGCGAUUCUGAUUCAAUUCACGCUGCCUUGAGCAAACAUUUGUCCUACUCUACAUUGACUUUGUAUGCAAUCAUGUCGCCUCCAAAAUUUGCUUUGCCUUCAGUCUGAACACACCUUAAGAGUGUACAAUUCACAUUUGUACAUAUCUUUGUAUUUUGAUCUGCAUGUGUGCAUUGCUGCCAGUGACCAUGAUUAUAUCAUUAGUAUGCAUUUCAUAAAAUUGUACAAAG